AAGCCUUCCUAUUCGGCGAAGUUGAGCGUUGGCCGUGUUGCGGUUGACAGUGCGAAUGAUUAUUCCCAGUCGACAAAUGCCAAUAAUGAUCUUGGUCUAAUAACAGUUGAUUUAGAGUCUUCUCUGGAUCACCUUUUCAACUGGAAUGUGAAACAAUUAUUUGUGUACCUGACUGCCGAAUACCAAACUCCAGAAAAUAGGGUUAACGAGGUAGUUCUGUGGGAUAAGAUCAUCCAAAGGGGAUCCAAAGCCAACCUCAUGUAUCGGAACAUGAAUUCAAAGUACUACUUCUGGGACGAUGGCCAUGGGUUACGUGGUAACCCAAAUGUUACUCUGAAACUCUAUGUGAACACAAUUCCCAAUGUGGGCUUAUUGUCAUUUUUGACCACCACAGGUUCCUUUACUUUUUCUUUCCCAUCGACCUAUACUAGUCGUCGUGGUUGA